AUGGGAGUAGAUAAAAGACAGAAGGCAGAGAAGGAUAAGUUGAAUGACGAGGAGAUAGAGAAACAGAUAAGGAAGUUAAUAUGGUCAAAAAGCCGAUACAGGCCAGGACCUGUGCGCAAGAUCCGUAGAAGAGCAGUUCUAAAAAGUGGCGAGUGUAACGUUCUCCAAUCCCGCAUCUCGAGACGAUCACUGCGAUUCCUGCAGGACAUCUUCACAACCCUUGUCGACACACAAUGGCGCUGGACCCUCUUGUGCUUCACCCUCAGUUUUCUCCUCUCAUGGUUGGGCUUUGCCCUAAUCUGGUGGCUGAUAGCCUUCACCCACGGAGAUUUCGAUCCGCGACAUCUACCAGAUUUCCAGUUAGAAAAUCACUGGACACCCUGUGUCACGAACAUCUUCAGCUUCACGAGCUGUUUCCUCUUUUCCAUCGAGACGCAGCACACAAUAGGUUAUGGAGGCAGAUCAACAACCGAGGAGUGUCCAGAAGCCAUUUUCAUCAUGUGCAUUCAGAGCAUCUCCGGAGUGAUGAUCCAGGCCUUCAUGGUCGGCAUAGUCUUCGCGAAAAUGAGCAGACCAAAGCAAAGAACCCAGACUCUCCUCUUCUCCAGGAAUGCUGUCAUCUGUCAGAGAGAUGGUCUCUUAUGUCUCAUGUUUCGGGUCGGUGAUAUGAGAAAGUCACACAUCAUCGGAGCUACAAUCAGAGCGCAAGUGAUCAAGUCGAGAACCACCAAGGAGGGUGAGGUUCUUCCACAGCAUCAGCAGGAACUGAAUGUUGGAACAGAUGGCGAGAAUGAGAACAUCUUCUUUAUCUGGCCGAUGACAAUUGUUCACAAGAUUGAUGCGGAGUCACCGUUUUAUCAGAUGUCUGCUGAAGAUAUGUUGUCGGAAAGGUUCGAGGUGGUUGUCAUCCUGGAAGGCACGAUAGAGUCCACAGGACAAACUACACAAGCCCGAUCCAGCUAUCUACCACAGGAGAUUCUCUGGGGUCACAGGUUCGAAUCUCUCGUCAAUUAUUCGAAGGAGAGGCAGGGAUACGAGGUUGAUUACUCUUUGUUCAACAACACAACCCAGGUUGAUACUCCUCUUUGUUCCGGAAGAGAACUUGCUGAGUUCUACAGGGUUCAGGACGAACUUCGUCAUGGAACUGGUUACUUGGUUGAUGAAGAUGUCAUUCUGGAUCCUUACCACGAUGUUCAUUCACAUUGCCAUAAUGUGAUUCAUCGUCCAUCCGCAAAUCCUGUUCAUCAUUUGACACAUGCAGAGAGCAUGAGAAGCGAAAUAAGUCUAGAAGACAGCGCCUUAGGGCGCAGCAUCUGCAGGGACAGUUGUGCGACAAAUCACAAUCCCCAUGCUCCAAAGGAAGCAAGUCAAUACAAAAUUGUCGAAAUAGAACCAGAUGCUAUUCACGUGAUCGGCGAUGCCGAACUUCAGCAGCUUCCAGAAGCUGUGAACAGGGAGAUUUUAAAGAACAGCAGGGAAAUUGUUUACGAGGAUGAUCAACCUGAUCAUCGGGAGCCUCAUCGAGAUUUUAAUCACCGUGAUUUAAAUCAACGCGAUUAUAAUCAUCGGGAUUAUAAUCAUAAGGAAUUAAGUCAUCGAGAUUAUAAUCAUAAAGAAUUUAGUCAUCGAGAUUAUAAUCAUAGAGAAUUUAGUCAUCGAGAACAUGAUCCAAAAGAAGAGACGCUUCUCAUCCCGAAACCAGUUCUCACCACCAAUAGAAGAAAUUUUAGAUAUCCACUACUUGAAGGGGAAAAACGAUCCCUCAACGGUUCAAGGAGAUCUUUGAACGGAUCUCGGAGGAAUUUAAACGGAUCCAAGAAGUACCUUCUGCUAGCCCUCGACAAGUCCGACAGUCAUAGGAAUCUUCACGUUGACAGUAGAGAAAAUCUUAUUGGUUCCAGGCGUCACACUGGUAGUAAGGAGAUGUUGAAUGGAAUCAGGAGGAAUGUAGUUGGCAUCAAAGGAUCAAAAGAAACGCCAGAAUUGAGACCAAAAAGAAGGACAGAAUUGAUGAUCGAUGGAAGAGACUGCGAGGCAGAGAAGUCAUUCAAAAGACGUGGUCGACCCUUACAAGAAAUUGUCGUACAUCGUUCCGAAAGGAAUUCUCCUCAUCAGGAAAGCUUGGAGACCAAUCCUAGCCCAAAUUCGAGAUUAGAGUCAAGCUACUCGAGAGAUUCUGAUCUCUUGAAUGAAGGCUAUCCCCUAGAAAGCGCUAAAAAUGAGAAGAGGUUAUCAAACGGCAGUGCUAAUGGAAGAAAUAGAAGGAGUUACGAGCAUGCUCAACUCCAGGAUGUCAAUAAAGUGAUUCCUAGACCUAACAGUGGUAGCAGUUCGUCUGAUAGUGAUAGCACAUCCAGAACUGCUAGUUCCUCGGGUGUUCCUGGAAAACAAAGUCCCUCCGGAGUAAAGCCAAUCCCUUAUACUAGUGUCUGAUGAACGAUCUUCCUAUAGAAAUAAUUAAUUCUUAGAUAAUUAUUGUACUUGUCUAUUGAAAACGAGAUACAAGGAUUUUUAGACAACACCAAGUGCCAAGUAUGACACAAUAAGUCGGAUCUGGAAUUUACUCUUCAUUAUAAUUCUUUCCGUAAUUUUUAACGGAUUUUGAUAUUCUUUCAUGAUUCUCAGGUCCCUAAAGUACCCUAUUUGAGUCAGGGUCUUUGAAAAAAAAUCAGAGAAUUUCUGUUAGAAGUAACUUUAAAAAAUAUUAACCCUUAAAGGGCAAUUUUCCGUAAAAUUAUAUAAAGAGCACACUGGGUCUUUGGUACCCAAAGGUAUUCAAACGUGUGCUAUGCCACCGGUAUUGGAUAUUUUUUUACAAGAAAAUCAAUUAUUGAUGUUUAAUCUAUCUAGCAUAAGGAGAAAAUGGUUUCAUAACAGUUUUUGAAAUCUAAACU